GGAACACCCAGUUUGUCAAAAAUCUACCUGAAAAUUUAUCUAAAAGUAAAAUUGUGAAAAGUGCUCUGCGUAAAGUGCCCAUUUUUUUCAGGACCAGUGCUACCACUACCAGUGAAAUUAAUAUUUUGAGCAGUGGUAACACUUUUCUGCUAUCUAACUUUUUCAAUUACUAUUUUGCGCCUCUUCGACAGUUUAAUAUUUUUUUGCUAAUUUACCGUGCUAAGCACUUAGAAGAGGAAAAAUAUAGCAAAUCUGGGCUAGAGAGUCCAGUGUAUUUCUAUCACAUGACAACCCUGCCCGCUGCACCAAGAGAACACUCAAAACGGGCUCAAGAGCAAUCGGCUACUCCUCUGCAUCCGAAGCCUGCAACUGUGAAUUUUACCGUUGCCCCUCCAGCUGCAACAACAAAUUGUAAACGCCACGAUGAGUAAAACUGACCCAGUGCGCCAAGUACUCGCCAAUCUUAUCGAAGAGACCCAAUCCUCCUUUACACCGGACAGUAUCCUGCGGGAGUUCCGCGCCACGAAUGAGCGCCGCCUGCCCAGCCACGAGCUGCUCCAGGUGCUGGUGACCAUCAGCAGGAAGCGACCAGAAUUCAAGGAAGUGACCGCAGAGAUUACGGAGAUUCUCAAAACGAAAGAUCCUAUGUACGCACUUCUCGUCUUCGCCGAGCGAUACAGUGACGACGAGAGUCUAAAGGCGCUUCCGCGCAGCCUCCAAGCCAUGGCUUCGGUCUCAAGCCUCCCCAGCCAGACUAGCUUGUCAAGCAACUCGCCCUUGAAAGCAAAGUCUUCUACCUCCUCCAUAUCCGCCUCCGCCUCCACCACCUCGAUCGCGACGACAUCCACAACCGCCUCCUCCGCCGCUGGGGCUGAUUCCGCUCGCACUCAGGCCGACUCUGCCCGCAGCCAGGCCGACUCAGCUCGCAGCCAUGCCGACUCUGCUCGCAGUCAAGCCGACUCUGCGCGCAGUAAGGCCGACUCUGCGCGCAGUCAUGUCCUGGAGCCACGCAAAUCACAAACCAUUCCCACGUCCACACCUGUGAACAGCCGCAAGGGUGUGGACGGCGACGCCAGCGCCGCCCAAGUAGUGUUCGGCAAGCGCCGACACUCGCAGCCGCACCAAGGCCAGAAGCCACAGGCUAAGGAAGAGCGGGACCGAGAACGUGGUGAUUUGAGUGUGAUCAAGGAACGCGUUUUAAACGCAGUUUCCAACAGUUCGCUGAACAGCUUUCGGUCACUAGGAGGCGACCUGCAUGGAGGGAAGUCGGCCACCAGCCUUCGAAGUGGGGGCGUCCCAUACAUACCGCCACCGGUGGGCAUGCCGGACGAGUAUCGCACCAACAAUCUAUGGGAUUAUUGCAACGUCGAGGGUGGCAAGAUGCCACAGCCCGAGAUUGGAGCCCUACCGUUGGCCAGCCAGCAGCGUGUGGUGCUCACGGAGCUUCUGUACUGUCUCACGGGCGUGCGCGGCAAUUUCAUCUCUCCCAUCACCUCUGAUUCGGAAGGCGAGGGCCUAGUCCGCUUCGAGACCAGCUUCACCAUUCACUCCCAGUUGGACCGCUCACUGGUGGAGCUGGUGCAGGACAUUCUCCCCCUGGCCUCGCACUUCAUGGGCAUUCAAAAGAUUAUCACCGAGACGGACAACCAGGGGCAGGUCAUCAACUCGUUGAACGAGGCCCUCCAGCAUCUGACCCACGACUUCUAUCUGCUGCUCAUCCAAGCGGAGCAGGAACUGCAACUGCAACAGCUCACAGUGCAGAAAUUGCUCUACUACCUGCAGCCGACGUUGUGGGUGAUGGAGGAGAUCUGGACCUCACUCGUGGACGUGCAGCUUACCGAGUUGCGGGGCGCAGCAGUGUUGUCCCACUUGCACGCCCGCAUCAAGCGGCUGGAGGGCGACCGAGCUGCCCAGCAUUUGAUCAUUGGGCUGACGCGAAAGGCGGCCGAGCCGUAUAUGCAAAUGUUGCAGCUUUGGAUCCAGAAGGGCGUGAUUGUGGACCGCGGACAGGAGUUUCUCGUGGAGGAUAACGAGGUGAUUCACCGCGACGAGCUGCCGGAGCACUACUCGGACGACUACUGGGAAAAGCGCUACACCGUGCGCCGCGACCGCAUCCCGACUUUCCUGGAAAAGUAUUCGGACAAGAUCCUGCGCACUGGCAAGUACCUGAACGUUAUCCGGCAGUGUGGCAAGCGAGUGAUGCCCACGCAGCAGAUGGAGCUGGAGUUCGACCCGAGCAGCGAACGCCAUGUGACUGUGAUCAACGAUGCGUACUAUUUUGCGGCCCGCAUGCUGCUGGACGUUCUGCUGACUGAGAACGACCUGAUGGGCCAUCUGCAGUCGGUGAAACGCUAUCUGCUGCUCAACCAGGGCGACUUUACCAUGCAGUUCAUGGACGCCUGCGAGGACGAGUUGGCCAAGAACGUGGACCUAGUGCUGCCCAUGACCCUGGAGAAUCUGCUGGGCCUCACUUUGCGCCUCUCGUCCGCCCGCAACGAUCCCUACAAGGACGACUUGCACUGCGAGCUGCUCACCUACGACCUGGUCACCCAGAUGUCGAAGAUCAUGAACCAGAAGGAGGAGUACUGGCAGUCCCAGGACCGCCUCGACCUCAGCGGCCUCGAGUGCUUCGCUUUCACGUACGAGGUCAAGUGGCCGGUCUCGCUGGUGCUCAACCACAUAGCCAUAUCCAAGUACCAGAUGUUGUUCCGGCAGCUCUUUUACUGCAAGCACGUGGAGCGGCAGCUCUGCAAAAUCUGGAAGGAAAACUCGAUAGCCAAGAAGUUUUCGCCGCACGCAGCGGAGCUGUACCGCUCGGCGUUCACCCUCCGUCAGCGCAUGAUGAACGCCAUCCAGAACCUCGAGUACUACAUGAUGAUCGAAAUCAUCGAGCCCAACUGGCACAUCUUCAUCGAGAAGAUGAAGAAGGUUGAGAAUGUGGAUAACGUACUGCGGCUGCACCAGGACUUCCUCGACUCCUGCCUCAAGAACUGCAUGCUGACGGAAUCUUCGCACCUGAACCGUGCCAUCUUUAAGCUCUGCAAGAUUUGCCUCAAGUUCUGCGAGUUUAUUCAGCGCUCGCAGCGUUUCUUUCUGGACGCCGAGCUCAAGUCCAUGGUCUGCGAUAGCAGCGACGACAGCACGGACAGCUCAGAGUCCGAGCCGGAGAGCUCGCACCGGCCACAGUUGGAGAGCACUUUGGAUCCAACGGAUACCUUUUCGGAGAGGGUGAAGCGCUUCGACCUGGAGUUUACGGGCCUGCUCAUAUCCUUCCUGAAGCAAAUAAACAACAUGGCCAAGAAGAACACCGCCGACCGCUUCAUGAACCUCGUCCACCGAAUUAACUUCAACGCGUUCUACACCGACCAAAUGGACAAGCUCUGCAUGAAGGAUGCCUUGGGUUAAGAAUCAAUCACCUCAUCAAGUCACUACAACAAAAGCCGAAAAGAAGAGAUCGAAGUAUUAGGAGAUGAUUAAUUAAGCCUAAGCCUAUAACAGACAUUUUAAAUUUAGGUAGAAUCAUUCCAGCAUGUCUCCGCAUUGGCCAUACCCACGCACAAGCGCACUAAUUUUUUCUCAUUUAGCUGUAGAGUGUCGAUUCGAAUAUUUAUGUUCUAAUAAACGCCAUGAAAUGCCAA